ACACCGGGCGCCGGGCAGGCCGGGCGGAGGGGCGGCGGCGAGAGGCUCGGUCCCGAGCCCGCUCCCUCUUCCAUCCCCUGCCGUCCGCAGGCCACCCCGGACCCGGCCAUCUGCACGCGCGGACCCGGGCUCAGGCCCACCUCCGGCCCUGAGGGAGCGCGGCCCUCACCGAGGGCCCCGCAGCGGCCACACCAGAGGCCGCCCGGGCAGGACCCCGGCGGGAGAGCCAAGCGCCCCCCGAGGAGUGCACGACCCCCGGAGCUGCCCUCCACGCGGACCGCACCCGCCGGUCCGGCCCUGCCCAACGGGCCCCUCCUUGGGGCAAAUGGCGCCACCGAUGGCAGCAAGACCAAGCUCACGGUCCACUACCCGCCCCAGACCAGGACCCAGGAGGAGCUCGAGAGCCUCUUCAGCAGCACUGGCGACGCCGAGUCCUGCGAGUUGGUUCGGGACAAGAUCACGGGGCAGAGCCUCGGCUUCGGGUCUGUGAGCUGCUCAGAGCCCGACGAUGCAGACGAAGCCGCCCACACCCUCAACGGCCUCGAACUGCAGGCGAAGACCGUCAAGAUUCUGCCCGGGAUAGCUCCAGCCACCUGUCGUGUGCCAGGUCCCCUCCAGGUGGGGGGGGGGGGGAGCCCAGGUGUGCGAGGACCUGGGUCAGAGAAUGAGACAGGCCCCUGAAGAUGAGCCCUGACCCCGAAGGCCCGCCCAGGAACGCAGCCUCCCUUCCCUCUCCCCCAGCGCCCGUCCAUCAGCAAGUCCUCACCCCUCAGAACUCCCGGCCCCACGGGCCGAGGGAGAGUAGCCACUGUCCCAGACGUGACCGUGGGUUUUCACUAGUACCGAAAUAAUAGCAGAAAUAAAUAAAUAAAUAACUAAAAUAAAACGAAGGCCACAAGAAAGACAAAGAAGGACACUACUAAUGCUAAAAGGAUCCAUUCAAGAAGAGGAUAUUACAGCGGUCAAUACACCUGCCCUUAACAGAGGAGCACCCAGAUCCAUACAACAGACACUAACAGACGUAAGUGGAGAAACUGAUGCAAAUACAAUCAUAGUAGGAGACUUCAACACCCCACUCACGGCAAUGGACAGAUCCUCUAGACAGAAAAUCAGUAAGGCACAGAGAUCCUAAAGGACACAAUAGAAAAGUUAGACUUAAUGACGUUUU